CCGACGCCGACGACUGCAUCGACCAGUUCGAAAGCAGUCGAUCAGGAUGGGCUGUGGCUCAAGCAAGGGCACGAGCGACGUGUACGAACCUGUGCUGCCACCGGCGCCUGAACCAGUGCCGGUACCUGCUCCCGCGACCGAACCAAAUGCAAUACAGGCGCCAGCACCAGUGGCUGUUCAAGAGGUCGUCGCGGCACCCACAAUUGACGCCUCACUGACGAAACCAAAACCACUGCUACCACAACCAGGCACAGUCACGUUCACAGAGUUCAAGGACGGUGAAAAGGUCGUUGUGGACUCCAUAUUGGACUCGAGGAUUCACCUGCGCAUGGCGGCAAUCAACUUCAAAGAGCUCAAGCUGCAAAAGAUCAUUGGACAGGGCGCAUUUGGCGAAGUGAUCAAGGGCACAUACCACGGCACCCCUGUCGUCGUGAAGCGCAUGGUGCGUCAGAAGAUCGACCCGGAGAACAUUCGUAUGUUUGCCGAUGAAAUCCAACUCAUGAUGAAUCUCCGCCACCCCAACAUUGUCCAGUUCAUCGGUGCGAGCUGGAACUCGUACUCCAACAUUUGCUUUGUGACCGAGUUCCUCGACCGCGGCGACUUGUAUUCGGUGCUCAAGAAUCCCCGUGUCCAGCUCUCGUGGAAGCAACCACUGCUGUCCAUGGCCAUCGACAUCUCACGCGGAAUGGCAUACUUGCACUCGAUGGACCCGCCCAUCAUCCACCGGGACCUGAAGAGCAUGAACAUUCUCGUCAGCUCUUCGUUCGGCGCAAAAAUUUCGGAUUUCGGCUUGAGUCGAGAAAAGGUCCUCGACGACACGAUGAGCGUGACCGGGACACCGCUGUGGCUCCCACCAGAGAUGAUCCGCGCCGAGCGGUACUCGGAGAAGGCCGACGUGUAUAGCUUUGGCAUUGUGCUCACCGAGUUGGACACCCGCCGCAUUCCAUACCAUGACAUCAAGAACGUCGGCACGUCCAAGAAACGCAUUGCCGGAAGCACGCUUAUGCAUAUGGUCGCGUACAAGAACCUACGACCAAACAUGAGCGCCAAGUGCCUCGACAGUGUUCGCAACCUCUUUGUCCGAUGCACGUCGGACGACCCUGACAUGCGACCGACGUUUGAAGAGAUCAUGGUCGAUCUCGAAACAAACGUGAAACGCGAGAUCCUCCAGCGCGCAGUGAACGAUUCGAUUCAAGUCGACUUGAACGACCCGAUUGUCGCCCAAGAACUUGGCGUCAACCACGUAACGCAGUACAUUGACAACGAUGCGUGACCCGGCGGCUUGUCCAGUGGGGACAGCGUCGGGCGCUCGUUUCACCACUGCACGGAGAAAAUAUGUCAACGUUCCAGCGUAAUAUACAGCUUAUUGUGAGUA